AGCAGUCUUGGACUUCCAGGGUCUCCGACCCUACCAUCCAAGCACAACGAUAAGUCUUGGACUUUUGAAAGUCUUGGACUUCUAGGGUCUCCAACCCUACCAUCCAAGCACGACGAUAAGUCUUGGAUUUUUUGAAGUCUUGGACUUCCAGGGUCUCCAACCCUACCAUCCAAGCACGACGAUAAGUCUUGGGCGGGACAGGCCACCUGCCAUCCUAGAAGUGUUUAAUUUCCAGGGUCUCUGACCACCGUCCGAGCCCGACGAGAGGUGUCCAGAGCAUACACGCAAGCGGGACAAGGCUACCUGCCAUCCUGGAAGUCUUGGACUUCCAGGGUGUCGGACCCUACUGGCUCGGACGAGAGGUGUCCAGAGCAUACACGCAAGUGGGUCAGGGCCGCCUGCCAUCCUGAAGUAUAGGACUUCCAGAGUGUCUGACCCUACCGGCCGAGCCCAAAGACAGGACUCAGAAACGGAUGCACAGGCGGGACAAGGCCGCCUGCUCUCCUGGAAGUUUUGGACUUCCAGGGUCUCUGACCUUACAGGUCAAGCCAGACGAGGUGUCCAGAGCAUACGCGCAAGCGGGACAGGGCCGCUUGCCGUCCUAGAAGUCUUGGACUUCCAGGGUCUCUGACCUUACAGGGCAAUCCCGACGAGGGGUGUCCAGAGCAUACGCAGAAGCGGGACAGGGCCGCUUGCCAUCCUGCAAGUCUUGUACUUCUAGGGUCCAUGACCCUACAGGCAGAGCCCGACAAGAAGUCUUGGACUUCCAGGGUUUCCAACUCUACUGUCCAAGCUUGAUGAUAAGUCUUGGGCAGGACAGGGCUGCCUGGCACCAGGAAGUUUUUGACUUCCAGGGUCUCUGACCUUACGGCCAAUUCUGACGAGAGGUGUCCAGUGCAUACGCGCAAGCGGGACAGGGCCGCUUGCCGUCCUAGAAGUCUUGGACUUCCAGGGUCUCUGACCUUACAGGGCAAUCCCGACGAGGGGUGUCCAGAGCAUACGCACAAGCGGGACAGGGCCGCUUGCCGUCCUGCAAGUCUUGUACUUCUAGGGUCCAUGACCCUACAGGCAGAGCCCGACAAGAAGUCUUGGACUUCCAGGGUUUCCAACUCUACUGUCCAAGCCUGAUGAUAAGUCUUGGGCGGGACAGGGCUGCCUGGCACCAGGAAGUUUUUGACUUCCAGGGUCUCUGACCUUACGGCCAAUUCUGACGAGAGGUGUCCAGUGCAUACGCGCAAGCGGGACAGGGCCGCUUGCCGUCCUAGAAGUCUUGGACUUCCAGGGUGUCUGACCCUAACAGCCGAGCCCAAAGAUAGGACUCAGAAAUGGAUUCUCUUUUGGCCGCUUGCCGUACUCAGAAAUGGAUGUACAGGCAGGACAGGGCCGCCUGUUGUCCUGGAAGUUUUGGACUUCCGACCCUACUGGCCAAUCCUGACGAGGUGUCCAGAGCAUAUGCGCAAGCGGGACAGGGCCACUUGCCGUCUUGCAAGUCUCGGACUUCUAGGGUCUCUGACCCUACCAUCAAAGCUUGACAAUAAGUCUUGGGUGGGACAGGGCUGCCUUUCAGGGUCUCUGACCUUACCUGCCAAUCCUGACAAGAGGUGUCCAGAGCAUACGUGCAAGUGGGACAGGGCCACUUGCCGUCCUGGAAGUCCUGGACUUCCAGAGUGUCUGACCCUACCGGCCGAGCCCAAAGACAGGACUCAGAAACGGAUGCACCGGCGGGACAGGGCAGCCUGCUCUCCUGGAAGUUUUGGACUUCCAGGGUCUCUGACCUUACCGGCCAAUCCCGACGUGAGGUGUCCAGAGCAUAGGCGCAAGCGGGACCGGGCCGCUUGCCGUCCUGCAAGUCUUGUACUUCUAGGGUCCACGACCCUAUCGGCAGAGCCAGAUGAGGAAUGUCCAGAGCAUAUGCGGAAGUGGGACAGGGCCGCCUGCCGUUCUGGAAGUCUUGGACUUCCAGGUUGUCUGCCCUACCAGCCAAGCUUGGCGAGAAGUGUCAAGAGCACACGCAAGCGGGACAGGGCCACCUGCCAUCCUGGAAGUCUUGGACUUCCAGGGUGUCUAACCCUAACAGCCGAGCCCAAAGAUAGGACUCAGAAACUGAUGCACAGGCGGGACAGGGCCACCUGUUGUCCUGGAAGUUUUAGACUUCCAGGGUCUCCGACCCUACCAGCAGAGCCCGAUGAGAAGUCUUGGACUUCCAGGGUGUCUGUUCCUAACAGCCGAGCCCAAAGAUAGGACUCAGAAAUGGAUGCACAGGUGGCACAGGACCGCCUGUUGUCCUGGAAGUUUUGGACUUCCAACCCUACUGGACAAUCCCAAUGAUGUGUCCAGAGCAUACGCGCAAGUGGGACAGGGCCACUUGCAGUCUGCAAGUCUUGGACUUCUAGGGUCUUCGACCAUACCGGCAAAGCCCGAUGAGAAGUUUUGGACUUCCAGGGUCUUCGACCCUACUGUCCAAGCUUGACUUUGGCGAGACAGGGCUGCCUGCCAUCCUGGAAGUUUUUGAUUUCCAGGGUGUCUGACCCUACCAGCCAAGCUUGACAAGAGGUGUCCAGAGAAUACACGCAAGCAGGACAGGGCCCCCUGCUGUCCUGGAAGUCUUGGACUUCCAGGGUGUCUGACCCUUACAGCGGAGCCCAAAGAUAGGACUCAGAAACGGCUGCACAGGUGGGACAGGGCCACAUGCCAUCAUGGAAGUUUUGGACUUCCAGGGUCUCCGACCCUACCAGCUGUGCCCGACAAGAACUCUUGGACUUCCAGGGUGUCCGACCCUUCCGGCUUAGCCCGAAGCAAGGACUCCAAAGAGGACACGCAGGCGGGACAGGGCCGCCUGAUGUCCUGGAAGUCUUGGACCUCCAGACGGCCGAGCCUAAAGAGAGAGCUCACUCCUAUACAUGGUCAUGAUCAGCAUUGGCCAUUAACGUUGUGAAAAAGCUUUAGAGAAAUCGUAAGAGGGAGAGGCUCACAUAGCGUCAGCUUCAAACGCAAUGUCGAGAGACUGUUCUCGAAAGGGAACAACGUAAAGCUAGGCAAACACUAAACAUACUAGCCUAAACUGAACUAUAAACGUAACAGUAAACUAAACUUUAAAUAACUAGACUUAAUAGACUUCAUACAGGAAACAUACAAACGAAUCAGCACAGGACAGCAAACACAAGCUUAUCAAGGGGGCAACAGGUGUGGGGCAUAUAACAAUAGCAAGAUAAUUAACCCAAUUAACACCAAAGCAAACAAUGACAUGUGCUUCCACACAAAACAAGUAACGUUGUCACGAUCCUGACAAAAGUCUAGAAAAGCAUGAAUGAUAGAGGCAGGAUCGUGACAUAUGGUGAAAUUAUCAUAUUUUUGUCUUUAACUUCUUCUGUGAGUUCAAUUUGUUUUACAGAUAGUAAAAACAGUUGAUGGAAUGUUGUUAGAUGACCAACUCAGGUAGGAAGCUGCAGAUGAGGGGAAAGACAGAGAUGAAGCAGGAGGACCAGGCUCCAUGACUGAUGGAAAGCUCUUCAUACAGGCAUCAGUCAACCAGAACACCCAAGAGGAUGCUGCACAUUUACCGUGAUGAAACUGUGAAGACAACUCAGACAGAGACUGAAAAGAUUCAAAACAACACCACUGAAACACUGAAUAAUCACGUGAUCACAAAGCAUUCAAGAGACGGACACGCGCCUCCGCCAGUAAUAACAUAAUAAAAGUAAAUAAAUAUAUAAAAGAUGAAAGUGCUUCUUCCAGUGCUGAGUUCGGGACCGAAAUUGCCUGUUUAGAGCCAAUUUAACAUAGAAUAUUUAUUUAAUAAAAACAGAAAUAUUAAUCGACUUUAACUAAAGGUUUAAUUAUCGUGCAGUGUCCUCAAUAUUAUUUCUGCGUAUACGUUCAUGCAGAUUUUGCCCGGAUUAUUGAAUGAACAGACCCUUUUAUGGACAUUAUUUAUGGUUAUAUUAAAGGAGUUAUGCAGUCCAAAACAGACGUUUACUGUAGUAAAACCAUGUUUUGCCAAUGGUAAUCAAUAAUGCAAGACAACAUGGUUAAUUUUCAUAAGGGUCCUCGAUUAAAGGUAUGAUGUAGGAACACAUCUAGGAUUUUAACUGUUCUUUGCUAGAUGUUAACUUUGAAUUGAACAGUACUUGGCCAUCUACUGAUGACGUUUCAAAAGUAUUCAGUCUUUAUAAUACAAGUCCAGACAGAAAAUGCAUAUUAAUAAGUGGCCAACACAUACCACUCAGUAAUUUCAGUGCAGUUCCUCCCCCCACACCCACCACUCAUGCAACCAUUACGGCAAGAAACUAAUUUUUAUAAAACAGUUCAGUAAACGGAUUGUUUAAUUUAAUAUGUUUUGUUUAAUUCAAAUAUAACGUUUUGGAAUGUUUUAUGUCAUAAAUUUUCUUUGGGGGGGGGCAUGAAGGGAUGC